AUGCUUUGCAAGUCCUUCGCAGAUCUUGAGCCACGACCUGGUGCAACCUUCUUUCGCGGUCUCCUCUUCCCCGGAGAUGAGCCUUUGCCACGUUUCGUCUGGAUCGAAUACGCCAACGUCAAGGACUUCGGAUCAAUAUACUGCGAGCCUUUCCUCGGUCGCAAGAUGUUGAAUCACAUAUCCCACACCUGGCCCACCCUCAAGCGCAUACCCUCGCACAGGGUCGGUAUCUACUAUCAUGACAACUACAUGAACGAGAACCUGCCCACCACUCCGAGUUUGACCAAAUGGCUGGGCCCAGCUGCAGGCAACUACUUCCGUGGACCUUUUCUAGCCCACGGCUACGAGAAUGGCAUUGAGCUUGACGAUGAGUUCGAGUCCGGUGAGGGAGGGCCCUGCGAUCUUGACACGUCGGCUUUGGCUACUCUGUUGGCGUUCUUCCAGGCGCAAGGUACCGUUUAUCUUGACAGGAAGAGGUUCGGCAAAGGAUUCUCCCAUCCAAACAUCAUCGAGGUGCGCUCCGAUGCGUACUGA